CCAUCAUGUUUUAGGUAUCAGAAGCGUCCUUCAUCUCCAGAGUUACUCAGUUAAUACCUUUUAGGGGCCAAUGGAUGUGGAGAUUGAUGGGAUUGAUCCCCUUUGUAUCGAAAGCAAAGAAGUAGACCUUGAUGACAAGCCUUUCGAACUUAUCGUUAAUCCAAGCUCCACAGCAUUAACCUUUAAGAAGGAUCGACCAAAUUUUUCAUCAUCAGAUCAUAUAAAAACUCCCUUGAAAGACUCGCUUGAUGAUGAUAUGUUGGAACUGAAGAAAGCAGCGGCUCUUGGAAAAGUAGAUACAGUUAAAGAGUUCUGUGCUAGAGACGAUAUUAUCCAAAAACUUGUUGCGAUGGUAAAAAAUAAGAAAGGGGACAAUCCACUCUUUGAAGCUUCAAAAUGGGACCAACCAGAAACUGUGAGGGUUAUUCUUCUUGCUGCAGAACGAUCAGAUAAAAGUAACCUCAUGACAGAUCUCAUAAAUUUACCGGAUGAGAAGGAUAAAGAGACACCUAUCUCUUAUGCAGCUUCCUGUUUUCAUAAGAAAUCCUGUAUUGCCAUUAUUAAUUUCGUUAAAACACUCAGGGUUGAUCGAAAUGAGUUGGAAGAAAAAGUAGAACAGCUUCGCUACGAAAAAACUGAAAGUGUUCAGACCUUGAGCCACGAUUUAGGCAUAAUUUUCUCUGGAAUAAAAGUUCCAGGUUCAAUCCGUCUCGGAUUCUGCAAAUUGCAACCAGAAAUGGUGAAAACAUUUGUUGAACAAUAUGAACCUAUUAUAGAUUAUCACAAGAAAAAUGACCGCGACAAAAGCCUUAUUGACGUGCUUCUCAGAAAAAUGCCGGAUCUAGUUGAACAACUCCUUGAUAAAUCAAUUAGUUUGGCGGAGGAUGGGUGCCCGGAAGAUACCACAAAUAGAUUGAAAGAUAAAGGUGAUAUUCAUCGAGUCAUAGUUGACUUUGGGGUUCUAGCUUACCAUCCUAAACGAAAGGAUGGUAAUACAACUGAUGAUAGCUCUACAGUAGAAGAUGCGGGACCACCUGCCAAGCUACGGCACUAUAGGCACGGUCUUAACCCACUUCAAGUCCUAGCUAGAACAAACCGACAUGAAUUGCUAAUGCAUCCUGUUGUAUACGCUUUGAUCACGAAAAAGUGGGAACAAUUUGCUAAAUUCUACUUCUAUUCAGUCACCUUUCUUUUUUAUCUUCUCUUCUUCAGCAUGCUGAUGGUUUAUCAGUUUACCCUGAUCAAACCAUUUGUCCGUCUGGAAGAUGGGACAAUAGUUCGGACCUGGAUAGCAAACUCUAGCCACUCUUGUGAAGAAUAUCCUGAUGGGUGCUUUAAAAAGAAGUCAACGGCAAACUUUACUACAGGAUAUUUUGUCUUGAUAAUGUCUGGUCUUCGGCUUUUCCUUGAGAUGUUGGAUCUAUUCAAUCAGAUUUUUGUCGAGUCUCAUUCGAAAAAUCAAAAUGUUUCCUUCGAGUUCGAUCAUUCAUUGCCACAACACGUUCUUAGGUACUUGAGGACAUGGGUAGUUGGCGUGGGUAACUAUUUUGGGCACACUGAGAAUUUGUUGGAGGUCACCCUAUACGGCACAUCCGUAUUGUUCUCUCUAAAUGUUCUAGAAAAAGGGGUGAUAUCCUCUCUGCACUGGCAACUAGGGACCCUCUGUGUUUUAACCAGCUUCAUGAACCUCCUCAUUUUAUUCCAGAUAGUUCCACUCAUCGGAGUCUAUAUCACCAUGUUCUUUAGGAUUCUCUGGACAUUCAUCUCCAAGAUAUUAGCCCUUUUGACAUUCUUCGUGAUAGCGUUUGUAAUAAUAUUCCACAUGUUGCUGAGUCACACGGAUAUAUACGAAGAAGCAGUGAGUGGCCAGGCUAUCUACAAGACCUUGUCACAGGGAGUGUCCGGGGUGGCUUACGAGGACUACAAAGCCGAGGACUAUGGACUGACCUUCCCGGAAGCCACUCUAAUUGGUCUGAUAGCUUUUGCAAUCCUUGUGCAAGUGCUAUUUCUCAAUCUUGCCACCGGUUUGGCGAUUGAGGAUAUUAAGAAGAUUCGGCGAGGUGCGGAGGCGGCAAUGAAUGUUCUCACGAUACGACAUAUUUUUAACGCUGGGAGGUCUUUAACUGUAGUCCGUUGGAUUUUUAACAACGUGCCCUUCCUUAAAGAACACGUUCCUAGCCCCAUCAGACGUCUGAGACGUUUCCAAAACAUGCCUUCAAAGAGUUUUCAUCCCGAAACUAUUCAAAAGAUACACCAGAUAAUGGAAAAGACGGAAAGAAAAGAACUUCCUGCUGAGAGAAACGCGCUAUCUUUUUCUUUCAAGAUUGAUAUCGAUCAACUUGGUCAACUUAAAAUAACACAAACACAAAGUCCUUAACACAAGCACCUUGUCCAUAAAAUAUUUCAUAAUGGUCUAUGAUUUAUUUUAGAUUCCAUGACCUACCUCAUCCGCGGCCCAAGUUACUUAUUAUAAUUAUAAAAUAUAAACCAUAUCAAGUUCAAAUUCAAAAUAUCU